GCUCCUUGGAUACCAAGACUUAUCCUUGUCGCUGCAACCUUCAUAUGGUGUUCUUAAGUCUUACAAAGACAAUUUUCGGGAUCGUUUUGUUUCGCUGACACUGGAUUAAGCUCUGCAGAUAGGCUUCCCCACCAACAACCAUGUGGUUUGGAGGUGUGGGUGCAUGCAUACUUCUAAUCCAAUGGAUUGAAUGUCAAGCAGAUUGUCCGGCAAGUGGUUUGGACUCUUUGAGUCCCCCUGUUGGUCUUACUCAUAACUUAGCCGCCACAGACUCUGUACCCAAUGAUUUCUUUGUCACCUUCAAGUGCGAUUCCAAUGACAACAUGCACCUGGAACCUGAUCUCAAUGGCGAUGGAAAGUUUCAAGUCCAAUGCGGAUCCGACGACUUCUUUGAGGUCCCCACGGCAUGGUCUCAAUGCGUGAAGAAGUGCCAGGUUCCAGGUGCCCAACCAUCGUACAAAGCUCAGCCAAUCAACACACCCAUGGUAAAUGUUGGCUCCACUUUGACUUACAAGUGUCUCCAGCCUGGAGGUUUAGUCGAUGGUACCACCUCAAACACCCAUACUAUUACUUGUGGUGCAGAUGGAACGUUUCCUUCCACGGCAUGGCCGGAGUGCAUUGUCCGAUGUCUAAUCCCGGCACCCGAGAUGAGUUAUAAAGCCAGUACUGAUGUGGAUCCUGUGAAUGUUGGAGCAACCGUAACGUUUUCUUGCGCCCAAUCUGGUCACACUGUCGGGGAAACCAAUUCAGGGGACCAUGUUAUUACCUGUGGAUCAAACGGGAAGUUUCCCAAUGGAUGGCCGAGAUGUGCGUUAAAGUGCGAUGUACCUACACCUGAACCUGGCUUUAGAGCACAAAAAGACAAUACGCAAGUGACUUUAGGCGGGAAGCUCAGGUUUUAUUGUGAAACUGAAGGCCAAACAGUAGGUUCUACCAAUGACAACUUCCAUGAGGUAACUUGCCAGGAGAACGGCACCUUCCCUACUGGAUGGCCGGAAUGCUCUACAAAAUGCCAGGUGCCACGUGAUGUCCCUGGAUUUAACAACCCCCCAAAUGAGGAUCCACCUAUGCAAAUUGAUGAGACGAAGAUCUAUACCUGUCAAAAUAAUUUAAUGAGCACCGGCCCAAGCCUUUCAAAUGAGCAUGAGAUCACUUGCAUGGCCGAUGGCACCAUUAGCCCCGAAGAAUGGCCCAUGUGCGAGAUCCGAUGCCUAAUUCCAAGCCCCCAACCUGGAUAUCAACCUCAAGAUCCUGCGGUUGAUCCUCCGGGCUAUGGCGAGUCCCUGUUCUUUGAGUGUGAAGAAGCUGGCGCUAAGGUUGGCAAUACCACAUCUAACCAGCAUGAAGUGACUUGCCGAGGAGACGGUCUUUUUGACAUGGAUUGGCCUCCUUGCUCCAUUAGAUGUAUUCCGCCAUAUGGGGAGGAUGGAUAUAACUCACAGCCAGCAGGAACGCCCACAAUAGAGGUAGGUGGUGAACUUGCCUACUCUUGCAUGGAAACUGGCGCCCUCAGCGGCAACACGGCCUUUACGACCCACACUGUGACUUGUGGGAGUGAUGGAACAUUUCCAACCGGUUGGCCCCCAUGCCAGAUAAGAUGUGCUGUUCCUGAAGCUCAGGCUGGGUAUGAAGCCCCCGCAGAUCCACCAGGAUCAAUUGAUGUGGGCGAAAGCGUCGUGUUCACAUGUGCAACAACGGAGGCUGAGGUGGGAAGCACUCAGAGCAAUCAGCUGACGUUAACUUGUGGUGCUGACGGUAGCCUAGCUAACAUUUGGCCCCCAUGCUUAAUUCCUGCUACCUGUCCAACUCCUCCUGAUCUGGAAGCCACAAAUACAUCCCUGGUGGCAAAGAACCCAAUUCCAGAUCCGGUCAAGGCACACCGAAAGGUUGAAUAUGAAUGUCCGGACGGAGAAACAACGGAUGAGGGACCUAGUAUUUUCCUGGCUUGUUUACCCGAUGGGACCUAUGAAGAGCGGGCAGAAUGGCCCACUUGCCGAGAAUUGGUGGCCUGCAAUGAUUCCAUACCCAUUCCUGCUCCUGACUCGGGAUUAGCCAACUCCACUUCUACCAUUGCAGUUGAGGGUGAUGAAGUCGAAUAUUCGUGUUCUAAUAGUUCUCUUAAAAUCAACGGGGAAGACACCUUCACCCUAACAUGCGGAUCCAAUGGUCUUUUACCUGAUCCUGUGAACUGGCCAAUAUGUACAGAUCCAAACGAAGCAUUCAUGUCAGAUCCCGUUGAAAUUUGUCAUUGCCUGGGCGAUAUUGAUGAUGUAGACAAAGCUAAAAUAGUGUUAAAUAAGGUCUGUCGUGAGGGUGCCAUGACAAAAGCUUUUAAUGGGAAAAUUGGGGUUUCAAGAAAAAGAUGUGGAGUAAAGGACCUGGAAGCAAUCACCGAGGCCAACAAGUGCUUUUGUGAAUCUCCUCUUGAACAAUCAGCAAAGGGAUAUUGGUUCAAAGUGGUUUUGGUAACGCAGCCUUGGCAAUGGACUAUGAAUACCUCACAUCCGCAAAACCAAAGCUACCUUCAGACCCCAGAGCACAAAAAAUUCAAGAGUUUACAAUCAAAGUUGGAGAAUGCUAUCGACGAAAAGUUCUUUGCUGCGGGACUUAGUAAGUACGUUCGGAGUGCCCUUCAUCAAUUCACAAAGGGCCAAGAGGUUCCUGCUGGAGUAUUUGCAGAAGUCAAACCCGUGACCGAGGCUCCAAAGGUCGAACCAGAUGAUCAAAUUGGGACUGUUUGCCCAUCAUCCCUCCUCACCAAGUUAAGCAUCCCCUCGCAUUUGAUCCGAGAUGGUAGUGGGGAUGUAGGUGUAGGAGAAAAAGCCAUCUACACCUGUGCAACGGGGACUGAAGUACUCUUCACUGAGCCUGGAACCACGGGCAGAGUUUUUAAUGAUUUGAACCAAGUGGCUCUGACCUGUAACUCGGAUGGAUCCGCUUUUACGGGGGUUCCGUCAAUCUGGCCAGAAUGCCGAGCAAUAGCUGAUCAGUGUCCCAUCUUGGCACCUGCAGCUGAUUCUGGUAUGGAUCCUCAGGACCCUGCCACAACUGCGGUCAACGUGGGCUCUAUCUUGACCUAUUCCUGUAGCAACACAGCUCAUGUGGUGGCAGGGACAAACAGUAACACAUUUACAACCAAAUGUGGCGUCUCAGGAACGGCAAGUGAUCCUUGGUAUGAAGCCAAAUUCAGCGACCCUGCCACAUGGCCAAAAUGCCAAGGUUCUGUGGCCAUGCGACGCAAAAGAAGCAUAUCGGGAACCGGUUACAAUUAUAUUGAAGUGGAAAUGCAAGCUCAGUUCCAUGAUCCUGCCGUCUCUGCCGAGGAUGUCAAAGGCGUGGUUGAUACUCUUCAGGGUGACCUGGGCGACGAGCUCAUUCUUCUUUCCAAUUGUGACCCUUUGGUGUGCAAAGUCGAACAGAAGCCAGAAACAUGUUCCAAUGAGUUCUUUGAGGACCUGCCUGUUGGCUACCGAGCCCUUACCCCGUACGGCUACUACCAACCAGCCUUGGCUCCCAAUUUAGUCAAUGCCAACAAUCUGGUGGAGAAGGGACAAAUCGUGGAACUUCGAUGCGUUUCCACUGAUCCAAUGCAAUACCCAUUAUGGGACACGGAGGACCACGAUGGAAAUGACAAAAAACUUACCGUGACUUGUCUGGCUCCAACCAUUCCUGGUCAACGAGGCAUGUGGUCUUUAAGUGAGGUACCCAAAUGUGCUUCAAUAUGUAAGCAGUUCCUACCUGAGGCUGAAUUCGAGUCCGACCUUCUUCUGCAAAAAGUGAUUCCCAUCAGAGACCCCAUGAACCCCGUGGACUACACGGAGUAUAAUAAGACCUCAUCGUUCAUGUAUUCCGGGGACAAGCUCCUCUACAUGUGUAAGACUGAAUAUUGGGGACUGCACGGUGGAACCGAUGAAUUCCAUGACGAAUUCGGCUGCACGGAUGAAGGCCUUUUGAACACCCCUCGUGGCUCCGCAUUCGACGACCCGUGGCCGCAUUGUGCUCCACAACAGCAAAUGGUGGUCACCGCCGUGGAAAAGAUGUUGGAUCGCUUUGACCGGCGGAUUUCAGAUCGCUUCAAGCUCAUUCAAUUCCGGGAGAUCGACAAUGAGCGAGAAAUCGUUCAGCUGAGUGAUUACGUUUUGGAAGUGACUUUACCCGUGGUUCUUUCCUUGCUCCUUUUCGUCCUCGUAGUUUGCAUGUGUUCCAGACCGGGAAGUCCCAUGUGCAAACUUUGUGAAUCCAAAGUCUAGCAAUGAAACGGAAUCUGUAGAAUCUGAAUUCAAGUGACCGACCGAAAUAAACUUAGUUUCU